AUGUGGUCCUUCACCACUCGAUUGACGAUCCUCAUGACGGAGAAACUUCACUCCAAAUAUCCUGAUAGCGCUCCUUCUCUAGUAGAGAAGGAAGUCUAUCCAUUGCGAUGGGACUCUUGUGCAAGCAAUGAACGGCCCGAUAUCAGUGGUCUACCAUCACUCGACUACGCGCUCUACCUUUUCGACACUGUCAAGUUCCAUUUAGGCCAGAACUAUCGAUUUUUCGAUGAAGAGCUUUUUACCAAGAAUAUACACGAGUUCUACCACGGGGAUCCGGUGAAAAUGGCGAGUGAACAUCGACUUUGGUUCGUACAAUACCUGCUGGUCCUUUCAUUCGGAACGGCGUUUCUCUCGCGUACGAAAAGUGAUGAACCGCCCGGAUCGAACUUCUUCGUCCGUGCCAUGUCCCUGAUGCCGAAUCAUGCGCAUUUAUGGAAAGAUAGCCUGUUGGCAAUUGAAGUUCUAGCCAUGGCCGGACUGUAUCUGUAUUCGAUUGAUCAGAGAGAGUCUGCGUACAUUUACCUUGGUCAAGCAAUACGGAUAGCGCAGUAUGAAGGCCUGCACACUCAACUAUCAGAAGAACAGCUAGGUGCAGAUGUGGUGGCACGAUGUCAUAACCUCUGGUGGACACUGUACAUCAUGGAUCGACAUUUCUCAUACUCAGUCGGACUUCCAAUGUCCACACAAGAUAGCGAUAUCAGUACCCCAAUUGAACCUUCCACAAUCUCCCAUCGAGACGUCGCCCUCAGUCUCCAGGCUAAGCUGUCACAUUUAUUGUCAUCCAUCUUAACCACUGUUUACAAGACAGAGAAGACUCAAUGGAAUGUCUUCCUGGACACUACGAAAUCAAUCCUCCAGACACUCGCUGGACAUGCCCAGGAGGUCGAAAAGAUUAUCCAUGCCACGUUCCGAAAUUCAGUCGAUUCGAUGCCUAGGGGAACAAGACAUAUCACCUUGUUAUACCAUCAGUGUGUCAUCGUCGCUACACGCCCCCUCCUUCUUUCCGCUCUCAUGGAACGACUCUCCACAAUCGACAGCAACACCGGAGAAGUCGAGAGCUCAUUAGACCUUACAAAGACCCUAAUAACCGCCGGAAUCAAGUCAGCUUCUAAAACCCUCCAAAUAAUAUCUAACAGCGACAGUCUCCUGGAAGUCUUCCUACUCUACAACCUCGAAUUCACCUACGCAGCCGCAAUCCACCUAGCAAUGGCCAACGCCCUCUUCCCCGACGCAGUCGACGGCCCCGCCUCCGCACAAGAAGCCCACUCCAUCCUAGACCAGAUGAUCGUCAACGGCAACAAAGUCGCGAAAGUCCGGAAAGAAGAACUCGUUCACGUCGAGGGAUUAUUCUUAGAGGUCGCCGCCCGCGCGGAAAUGAACGGCCUCCAACCUCUAACGCUAUCUACGGCUGUUAACGUGGAAGAAAGGCACGUGCCUGCUGAUCAGGGUAGUGGUAGUGCGAACAGUGCUGAAGGGCACAAUGGGUCUUUGAAUAGGGGGUCAGAGUUUGCGGAACAGUUUGUUCAUGUUGAUUUGCCUAAUACUGGGUAUGGGCAUGCACCGUAUCAUUCGGGUAUGAUGAUGCCGAGUGCGGAGCUUUUGGAUGAUAUUGGGAUUUCGUCGGCGGAGUUUUUGGCGAUUGUGGAUCAGAUUGGGAAUCCGGAUACUUCUUAUUCUAUUUUAGAUUUGGGGCCGUGA